GGGGGCAACACUGAAUAUUGCAGAAACUUCCAUUACCGCCUGCACAAUGUCUUUAUAACACCUAAAAAUGGUAGGACUCAUUACCUUUAUGUUAGUGAGUCACUUUACUUGAGUUUUAUAUUAAAAUCCAGGCUCUCCACUCUUGGUGCUGAAGAAAUAGUGUGUUAGGGUUGAAAGGCUUGUUCGAAAAACAAGAAAAACAACUGUGUUGUGUGUUAAAAAUAUGUAUUAAUGAACUACACAGCCACUGAAUGAUUAUAUCAUCCCAUAUGGUUUAGUUACUCAUUUUACCCUGGAUAAAUAGUCUUUGCUAUAUUAAGCAAACGCCUCAUGAAAACCACUCUGCUCUCUUGAACUGCCCAGGACAGAGGACUGUUCCACAGUGCAAGCAGGCACUCGCUUCACAACCGAGUCUGAGAGAGGGUCGAAGGGCUUUUUACAUUACCAGAAGGAAAGAUGAAGUUUGAGAACUUGCUGGUGGAACUGGGGGGUUUUGGGCGACACCAGGCGAUGGUCAUCCUCUUGCUGGUCAUUCCUCGUUUGACCAUUCCCUUCCACUUCCUGCUCAACAACUUCAUAGCUGCGGUACCAUCCCACCAUUGUGACAUCAGCGCUCUGGAAGCAGAAGGAGGCCUGGAGAAUCUGACCCGGGAGCAGAGACUGACCGUGAGCAUUCCACCGCAGGAGGACGGAGAGAUGUCCUCUUGUCAGAUCUUCUCCGAGCCACAGUUCCACCUCUUGAGCAACUUUUCCAAUGCGACUAACCUCCCUGCAGUUCCAUGCCAGAGUGGCUGGGUGUUCGACAACAGUUCCUUCAUCAGCACGCUGGCCACCGAGUGGGACCUGGUUUGUGACCAGAGGGGAAUGACCAAAGUGACCCGACCAUCUUCUGGUCGCCAUUUUGUCUUCAAACGAUGCUGGGUGAUGGUGGGUGCCGCCAUAUUUGGCACCCUGAGCGACAGGUACGGCCGCAAACGCAUGCUGCUGUUCUCCUACCUGUUGUCCAUCUUCUUUGCUGUGGCCAGUGCCUUCUCCGUCAACUUUGCCAUGUUUGCCGCUACGCGCUUCUUCUCAGGCGUGGCCAUCUCUGGCAUCAGUAUCAUUUCCAUUGUGCUGUGUGUGGAGUGGGUGGACAUUGACCACCGCACUCUGGCGGCGGUGAUGAUAAGCUUGGACUGGACCGCGGCGGCCGUGCUGCUCUCGGGCAUCGCGUACCUGGUCAACGACUGGAGGUACCUGACUAUUACGGUCACAUCGCAACUGGUGUUGGCCACGCUCUCAUGGAUAUGUAGAGUAAUACUGUACCUCCCAUAGGUUAAGACAGGUUAUGGUCAAGAGUUAAUCACAACGUAUACAUUCAUAUACUGUAAAUUAUAUGAUAUACUACU